AUUUCAUCUCAAAAACCAAAACCAAAUCAUCAGAAAGCUUUCCUCACACUAAUUCUUUUUAGCAAGCUUUCUCUCCUCAUAUUAAAAUAGUUACACAUAUCAUCUCAAGCUUAUAAUAUAUUCAUAUAUAUCACUUUCACCACUACUUUUUCUUAUAGGAGAGAAAAUUCAAAAGAUCUUAAUUAGGCACAUACAUAUAUUAAACAAAAGUAUUAUAUAUAAUACAUUAUGGAUCGAGUAGCAAAGUUGGCAUCCCAGAAGGCAGUGGUGAUAUUCAGCAAGAGCUCGUGUUGCAUGUCCCAUGCAAUCAAGAGACUGUUCUACGAGCAAGGAGUGAGCCCGGCGAUCUACGAGCUCGACGAGGACUCAAGAGGCAAGGACAUGGAGUGGGCCCUCAUGCGCCUCGGCUGCAACCCCUCCGUCCCCGCCGUCUUCAUCGGCGGCAAGUUCAUCGGCUCCGCCAACACCAUCAUGACUCUUCAGCUCAAUGGCUCUCUCAAGAAGUUACUCAAGGACGCUGGAGCUAUCUGGCUCUGAUUGCAAGAAAAUUAUAUUGCAUAUACAUACCAUUUUUUAUGGUUAAUAAUAAGGUUUAUAUAAAUCUCUAUUUUGAUCAUCAUCUUUUGAUCUUGAAUUUUUUUUUUCUUUAUGAAAAAAAAUAUACUUGUGAUCGAAGAGAAAAGCGGCUUUAGGAAACUACAUUUUGUGCAGAAUUAAUAUAUAUAUAAGAGUCCAACUAUAUAUAUAUAUAAUAUAUGUAUGCACGUGUGUAAAACUAGCUCUAUAUACUACUUAUAACUCUUUCUUCUUCUUCUUCUUCUUCUUCUGCUUCUUCUUCUUCUUUCUUAAUAUAUUUGUAUACUAAUUAAGCUGAUCUAGAUGCAAAUGUACUACGAGUUCAAGUGAAUACAUAUUGUAGCUUAUAUUUUCA